GACAGGAUAAGAGCUUCGUGUGUGUGUGUGGUUUAUAAGCAGCGCGAGGAGUCCUUUCAGCGAGACACUCCUUUGCUACAGAGUCCAGCCACCAUGACCUUCAACGGCACCUGGAAAAUUGACCGCAACGACAACUAUGAGAAAUUCAUGGAGCAAAUGGGGAUUAACGUGAUGAAGAGGAAGCUGGCUGCUCACGACAACCUCAAGGUGGUCAUCGAGCAGACCGGAGACAAGUUCCACGUGAAGGAGGGCAGCAAUUUCCGCACCCUGGAGUUGGACUUCACCCUGGGGGUCACUUUUGAGUACAGCCUUGCAGAUGGAACCGAACUUUCAGGCUCGUGGACCAUGGAGGGAGACAUGCUGAAGGGGAUUUUCAUGAGGAAGGACAAUGGAAAACAGCUGACAACAACCAGAAUUGUCCAGGGAGACGAACUCAUACAGAGCUACAACUACGAAGGCGUGGACGCAAAGAGGAUUUUCAAGAGGGUUUAGACCACAGACAGUAUUGUGCUGACAUUUUUUCCAACAUAACCUGUAAAAGGUGCACUGCUCCAAUUACCUCUACAGUAUAUGAAAUUGUUUUGAAUUGCACCGGAUUUUGAUACUUGCACUAAUAAAGCCAUACUGAAUCA